AUGGCGGAGAAUACGCAGCCCUCGGUGCACCAGCUAGCGGAGCGGCUUGCUGAUGGGUUUGCAGCCCUGAGCGGGGAAUACCAAACGUUGUUCGAGCAGCAACGGCAGCUUGAAAGCAAGCUGUCAUGGGCGAAACAGCAGUACCUUGAUCUCUUGAAGAGAUUCACGCCAGAUACCCUUGCGCAAGAUCACAGAGUCUUCCUCCAGGACUUGGCUCAGUUCGCUCCGAAACCGGACCGUUUGGGCGCUCAUUGGACUGAACAUCUGGACAAAAGGGAUGAUACCGAAUCCAAGCAGCAUUAUGAGCUUAUCAAAAAGGCUGAGCAGGCUUCGGCGCAGUUAUCCGUUCUCUCCGCCGAUACCGGUGUGAAGAUUUGGAGUGGACCUUUGGCAGAUAAAGAACCCUCAGUAGCUCAAAUACGAUCCAGUGUAGAUGCGUCUCAGUUAGAAAAGGAUUUUACAACCGUUGGGACGCCGAGUAAACUCGGCUGUCCAUUUGCGUCCACCAGUACUAGACAGAGCCCUCUAGCUACUCCGCGAAGUUCCACCUCCCGUCUGAGUCUCAAAGGUCGACGCUCGAAGCGCCCAUCCUUCAACGAUCCGAUCAGAGCAGAAAUAUGUGGUGCCGAUCUUCUGUCUGCAUCUGCAACACCCUCGGUCGAAGGCUCUGGUGCUGUUUGCCCCAUUCGCUUUCUUGACCAACAUGCCCCCGAAGAGGUGGCUAAAUACUUUGAGAAGCACAAGCAUGAAUUGCCUCGAAGUCACGAGGUCUGCAUUGGUCGCUUCCAAAGUAACGCUGAAAGCAUAGAACAACUGGAUCGCAAAUAUGGUAACCUGGUCAGCAUGAUCCAAGGUUUGGGCGAAAAGCAUCAGGCUUGGCUGCCGGAGGAACCGGAAGACAUGGAAGAUGCGCCAGAAGACGCGGCCAAACAAGAUGCGAAGGUGGAGAAAUGGGCUACGGCCGUUACAUCAAGCCUACAGGAUAGUGCACUGGGGCCAGGGCAGGAGUUGGCACAGUCUCCCGACGAGACGAGAACAGCUCAUUUUGACCGUCCCAUGAAGGAAGUCCGGGUUGGAGAGUCACCAAGUCGACCUUGGGGUAUCUCGAUUCCUCCCAAAUAUACCAAUGCCGGGAGCUCAUCAUCGGUAGGCUCUGCGCCCACGGCGUCUCCCCAGCUCCCACUAGAGACAAGCCCUCCGGUUGAGGAAUCACCUAAACGGCCCGGAAAAUGUCCUUUCGGGGACCUUGUCAAGAAUGAUGGAUCGAAGGUCAAGGAAGUUGGCCUUGCCCCUGAAGUCCACCAAGAAAUCAAUACAGAGGCACCUGUAUCAACGUUGGAGCAGCCUGUGAAGCCUGGUCCUGAGCCAGCCCGGGAGAAACCCUCUCCGUCCGCAACUCCUCAGGUCGUCCCUCAGAUGGUUUUUAACGGGCCAGUCUUUUUUGGGUACCCUCCGGAGCAACUCGCCAUUCUUUUGCAAAACAGCAAUUUAGGGGGAGUGAAUCAUUGA